AUGGUCUACGAUGAGCGCGGCAACUUCGUGGGCGACCUCCAUUGGCAGCGAGAAGAGGACUUCGAUGAAGGCGAAGAAGUCCAGCUGGAGCGCGGCGGUGUCAUUGUACAAGUAAUGGAAUGUGUUGGUCGCCAGGAGCAAGACUUGUCCGAGUUGCUGGACAAGAGGGCGAAAGAAAAGGAACAACGUCAAGCACGAGUAAUCAUGCGCCCAUCCCCGGCCACAGCAUCACCAAACACCCCCCUAGCUGCACCCCGUGCGCAAGACCACUUCCAGACCCGACACCGGCCUCUAAACCACCUCUUGGGGACUCCAACAGGCCACCACGGUCGCGCCUCUGUUCCGAACGAGUCUCCCUUCGAACUACGGCAGAAGGCCAACGACAAUCCGAACGACCGCACCGAGUCACGUCCGUUGAAGAGGAGGAAACGAGACAUCACGCCGCCGAGCAAGGUGGGCUACGCCCAAAGCUUGUUUGGUGCUACCCUGUCCUUGUCCGCUGUUCCCGUUAGCUCGGUCCCUCCACGACAACCAGCCAAUUCUGCGCAUCGCCCACAAUCAGUCACCUCGUCCCAAGAAGAAGUCGGGCAGAAUUCGCGGCAUGUGCGAGACGACCGGGGACUCUCCCGUGGGACUGCCUCGCGUGCCAGUCCUUCCACGGCAAAAGAGGUGGUGCCUCUGUCCAGAACACUAUUCGAAGCCAAUCGGAGCACCGCAGACGAGGAUAACGAGACGUUCAAGGCCACAUCAAGGAAUUCAAGCCGCUCUGGUCCCGUAGACGCGAUUCAGAAUUGUCGCCAGAGCACUCCCCUACAACCGACAAAUACCAACAACCGACUCUUAACCUCCUCCAACGACGGCAAGCCUUUGGCGGUCUCGAACAGACAAAAAGUGGACUCUUCGGGAUCUGGAAGAGCGGUAACCACACAAAAUCCACGGCCGACAGUCGUGACAAACCGAACCGAUACCGUGAGCAACGGCCACGCGGCAGUUGACCCAGAAUCAGGGGAUUCGCGCUCGCAAGCGAUUGUCCUGAAUGAGGACCCGGAGUCCGGGACGGUUACCGGAGCUCAGCCCUAUCAACACCAGGAAGAGCGAAACAAGGCGACUAAAACGCGGCGUGGCGCUCCAAGCAAUGCAACGAAGCCCUCAAAGCGUAACAAAUCGUUACAGUCGACGACUCAACUCCAGGCCGAGGAAUUGACGGCCGUGGUGGCGCAAGGUGCCGUAGAUGAGCCGCAAGACGAAGAAAGAACAGAGCUGCGGCUCAAGCCCAGGCAGAAACGUGGCCUCCUGCUGCUUUCAGAAAAGAGGAACCGGCCGAAGCGAAACAAGCGACAGGAUGCACUUGCCAGCGGACCAAGUUCUACCGGCAAAUCUCUAGAGCCGCCCAUCGUCUCAACCGCUACUAAGCCGAGCCUCGCAACCGGCCUUGAAACAAUUGAUGUUGUCUCAAUGGCACAGCGGGACGAACUUUUUGGGCCAUCGCCUGUUGCCCCUGAGAUCUUCACACCGGAACCUCAUCCACAACGAGCGCUCUCUCAAGGACCCCAAGAUGUUCCAGUUGGAGAUGACAUUGGGUGUGAAAUCACGUAUCCGACACCAUGUACCGCAGCUGCCAGCUCGAUUGCGCCAGCCGCGAAAUCGGUGGAUCAACCGGAGUUGGAUCAAUUGGAGCCCUCAAAACCAGACCACAAUAGCACAACCAGUAUGCAUGGCGAAACUACGAACCUGUCUCAUUCCCCGCGAAGAAGGAGGGUAGCUUCAAGGGGCAAAGACGGUGCACAUGCGUAUAACGAAUCAAACCGACCGUCAAGUUUGGAUCCUGAAGAACCCCCAACGGAUCUUGCUAUCGAGCCCACAAUCUCAAGACCCCGACGCCAGACGCGCAAGGCCAACCUGGAUGAACAGGAUUUGGGCCGCUCCAAAAAGAAAGCACGAAAAGAAGACCCAGCGGGCAGUGACGGGGAAGAGAUGCCUCGGCCACGGGUCAAACCGCGCCUCGCCAAGCUGAGCAGGAAGAGUAUCAGGAGCAGAGAGGUCUUCGGGUUUGUGCCCUCCAGCCCUCCCGUCUUCAACGUAGCGAAUACAGGCCUUACAACCGUGAGUGUUGGGGGUUUCCAUUCUACGGCAAAUGGUUCAACAGGAGGCAACGGUCUUGUGGAUCCCGCGAGGGAAGCGUUUCCAGUGCCGGACGGGGCGCCAUCCUCCCUAGGAGAGGUCCCCGAGGCCCAAACGACUUUACCACAAAAGGUCAUAUCUAGAGUCCUUUCACCUCCUCUCCCUCGUCACGACACGAUCCCUGGUACUGGGUCGCACGAGAGGGUCGUCGAGAACAAAAACACAAAUCUGGACGUCCGUGGCCUUGAUUCCAGCAGCAGCACACCCGAAAAGGAAGUUGUUUUGUCCACGACAACGCUCCAGGAGGCCAACCAGGAGCAACAGCCUGUGCUGCCUGGUAGUAUUGCCCUGCGGUCACAGUUACACGAAACCGUUCUCAGUCUUCCAGAACAGCCUGAACGGCCAAUGGACGACAUCUCUGAUGUCGGAAUUGGCCCCGGUGUAACCAGAGGCGCCACCGAGCAGCUUGUAGACGCGCCAGCAGUCGGGCCUACUCGACGCAGGAUCACGAACCCCGCAACUCGGGGUCGUAAGGCUGCAUUGAAGUCGGACGCUGCGGGCCAAGUUCCUCAGUCAAUCGUGCCCGUGGAACCCAUUCCUGCACGGCGGCCACCCGCGGCAGCGCAACCGGAAGCUGCCACGGGCGAGCGCCCAAAGAGAAAGAUGAGGUUUCCCGGCUUCGCAUCGGUAAAGGGUGGCGGCCCCUGGAGUAGGGAAGCACACGACCUGCUGGAGAAUGGUCGCCCUGGCUGA